AUGGCGGGAGCGCUGGGUGUCACCACGGCUGUGGGAGCUAAGGAUACGGUUGCGAGCUUUCUGGCCAACAUGUGCGCAUCCGUUGAUGUCCUCGCGCAAGCAAAGGUCGAGAUUGGCCUCGGUGCGAUUCCCGAGGGGAAGAAUAUCAUCAUCAAGUGGCGCGGAAAGCCGGUCUUCAUCCGGCAUCGCACGCCGAAUGAGGUCGAGGAGGCGCGCAAGACGGACUGGAAGUCUCUUCGUGAUCCGCAGCCGGACGAGGAACGCGUGCUGAAGCCAAGUGGUUGA